AUGGCUUCCACGCAGGAUGCAUCGGCUACUGAAGGCCGUCAGCUGCUGCAGAAGGCCGUGGACCUCAUCCCCGAGGGAAGAUGGCAGGAUCUGGCAACGCUUUUGCAAGAUCACGCGCCUCAACUGCAAGCUGCGCGCUUGCGGCUGGAAAAGCAGGCUUUAGAGGCGCAUUCCACGCGUGUGAGCGAUGACUUUUCGAAGCAGGACGCGUGCCCGAACCCAAUCGGAACGCCUGUUGUCCGAGCGGUGGCUGCCAUGGCGGCUUGGGCGGACAGACUGCUGGCGCUGGGUGCCGACCGGCUGCGCUUGUUUGACUUGCAUGUAGCCCUGGUCGCUGUUUCAUCGAAGCUUUUGCCCACGCUUCAGCGCGCCGCGGUCGCAGCCGACAUGGCCGUCGAAUUGCGGCUGACCACGGCCAAGCCCGCAACAUUCUAUUUGCGUGCGGCGAGGUCGUUUCUGGAAGGCGUGCCCGCCAAAGAUGACAAGCCUGAGAAGCCCCCAGUGGACACCGUCACGCUCAUGGCCCUGGGAAACGCGAUCAGCGUGGCAUCGUACAUCGGUGGCACUUUGGAGAAGGAAGGUUUGGCGACCAUCGCGGCCGUCCGAACCAAAUGGAGCAGCGUUCCUGGACCCGUGAAGCAUUCUCCCAAUGUCACUGUGGUGCUGAAAAGGAAGGCCGCUGAGAAGGCUCUGGCUGGUGACCUGACCGUGACGACGGAAUCAACGGAGCCCAUCGAUGGCCAAAAGCCUGGGACGUCCGGCCUGCGCAAGAAGACGAAGGUUUUCAUGGGCAAGAACUACCUGGAGAACUUCGUGCAGAGCACCUUCACCUCCCUGAAGUCCACAGGUGUGCCAAUUGAAGGUGGUACCCUCGUGGUCAGCGGAGAUGGGAGGUACUACAACAAGGAAGCCAUCCAAGUCAUCACAAAGAUGGCUGUGGCGAACGGGGUCAAGGCAGUUUGGAUCGGCAAAGAUGGCUUGAUGAGCACUCCCGCUGCGAGCGCAGUCAUUCGCUGCCGAGAGGGUGGCUUCGUUCCCUUUGGCGGCUUCAUCCUCUCUGCAUCCCACAAUCCCGGAGGCAUUGACGAGGACUUCGGCAUUAAGUUCAAUUGCGAGAAUGGUGGGUCGGCCAUAGAGAAAGUUACGGACCUGAUCUACCAGAACACCCAGAGCAUCAAGGAAUACAAGAUUUGCAAAGGCUUCCCCAACAUCGACAUCUCCACUUGCGGCACAUACGUGGUGGGUGACAAGGUUCGAGUGGAUGUCUUUGACGGAACUGAAGAUCACGUGGGCCUACUUCAGAAGGUUUUCGAUUUCGAGGCUAUCAAGAAGCUUAUCGCUCGAAAGGACUUCAGCAUGGUGUAUGACUCCAUGAACGGCGUUCAGGGCCCGUAUGCGCGGAAGGUCUUCGUGGACGAGUUGGGCGCUCCAGAGUCGGCGCUGAUGAACGCCAUCCCAAAGGAGGACUUCGGUGGAAAGGACUCCCCUUCCCAUGGCCACGCGGAUCCGAACUUGACCUAUGCGGUCGAGCUCGUGGCCAAGAUGGGCCUCAACAAGCUAGGCGAGAGGAUCGGCAGUGGCGAUUCGGUGCCCGACUUUGGUGCAGCAGCGGAUGGGGAUGCUGAUCGGAAUAUGAUCCUCGGAAAGCAGUGGUUCGUGAGCCCGUCGGACAGCGUCGCCAUCAUCGCCGCCAACAUCAGCUGCAUUCCGUUCUUCAAGGAUGGCCUCAAUGGCUGCGCUCGCUCGAUGCCAACCUCGGGAGCCCUGGACCUCGUGGCGAAGAAGAAGAAGAUUCCGUGCUUCGUGACUCCUACGGGAUGGAAGUUCUUCGGCAACCUGAUGGAUUCUGGGGACGAGAAGUAUUUCCCCGACACCGAGUGCUACACCCCCUUCAUCUGUGGCGAGGAAAGCUUUGGCACUGGUGGUAACCACGUCCGCGAGAAGGAUGGCAUGUGGGCUGUGUUGGCCUGGCUUCAAAUUCUCGCCAGCAAGAACAAGGACGAGUCCAAGCCACUGGUGACAGUGGAGGCCAUCACGAUGGACCAUUGGAAGACCUAUGGCCGAAACUACUAUUGCCGCUAUGACUACGAGGGCGUGGCCUCGGAGGGUGCCAACACUAUGAUGUCGAACUUGAAGGAGAAAUGCGGCACUUUGAAAGGCGAAGAAAUCAAGGGCAUGAAGGUUGAGUCGGCAGAAAGCUUCGAGUACCACGACCCGGUGGACAAGUCCGUGUCUUCGAACCAGGGCAUAAAGAUCAUCUUCACUGAUGGCUCUCGCAUCGUCUUUCGCCUCAGCGGGACUGGAUCUGCCGGUGCGACGAUCCGUCUGUAUUUGGAGAAGUACGAGAAGCCGUCAGGAAAUCUGGCGUUGUCGCAGUUUGAGGUGGUGAAGCCCUUGGCUGCGAUCGCCCUGGAGAUGUCCGACCUCACCGGGAAACAUCGCAAGCUUCACGUGUUGAGAAAGCCAUCAAAGCACUGGCAUGUGCUUGGCGAGGAAAGCCCGGACACCAGAGCGCGAGUUCGCAAGUUGCUUGCGAGGUAG